AUGGCAACCUCCGCGAGGAUUGCUUGGAAAGUUUUGGCAGGAUGUCAAAGGCACCUGCUUUGUGCCAGUGGUCCCGCUUACACCGGGGUGUCACAGACUGCUCCCAGGAACCUACCCGUCAGGACAUUUGCGGCCGUGAAGGUGCAGAAAAAAGACCAAAAGAAGGAGAAUGUGGAGAAGGAUGCAAAGAAAGAAAAGAAAGAAAAGAAAGAAAAGAAGGUCAUUAAUGACACAGAAAGACACAAGCCCUUUGGGAAGACGGCUUGGACGCCUGUAGAUGAUGUGUACAUAAUGAGGUACUAUCCCAGGACGAUCCAUAGUGCAACUGAUGCAAUUGACAUGUUGAAGAAAUUCCAGGUGUUGGACUUCACGCCCCUCAGUCAGCCCAUUUUUAUCGAUCUGAGGCUGGACAUGAAGCUGGAGAAAAAGAAAAGGGUCGAACCUUUUGUCAGUACUGUACAUUUACCACACCCCUUCAAGACAGAAAUGAACAAAGUUGUAGUUUUCACUGAGGAUCCCAAUCAAGCCAAGGUUGCCCUGGACAGUGGAGCGGCAUUCGCUGGGGGAAUAGAGCUCAUUCAGCCAAUCCUGGACGAUGAGAUUUCCGCUGACUUCUACGUGGCAGUUCCAGAUAUUCUGUCAAAGCUUGUGCCUCUGAAAAAUAAACUGAGAAAGAAGUUUCCAAAGAGCAAGAGGGGCACAAUCAGCACCAGCAUUCCCAGAACUUUGGAGUUGUUUAAAACGGGCCACGAGUACCUGGUGGAAAACGACUGUUACGUUCGGACCCAGAUAGCCAUGCUCGACAUGCCCGCUGAGCACAUCUAUGCCAACCUGCAGACCAUCCUGAUCGAUGUUUGUUCCCAACGGCCCGCCAACAUGGGGCCUUUCAUUGAGCGAGCGAUCAUCUGCAGUCAAACCAGUGAAGCCAUUUGGUUCAGGAGUGAAGACGUUUUGCCGAAAGCAGAACAGACGACGGAGGAAUGACCCGAGUUUCAGACUGCAUAUACAGACUGACAAAAUAAAGUUUUAUUUACGACUGUGACUCAACACAUCUCUCCUGAUUUAUUUAUUUAUUUAGGUUGUUUUUUUGUGUUGAAUCCUCGGGAGAUGGAAGUGGGAGAAGACGUACAUGGUAACUAGGACAGAAAAGCUCUGCGGAUACGGAUAAUGUUUUUUACAGGAUGUGUGGAAGUCUGAAAGAGAAAGCUGAAUAAGGUUAAAAAUAUGGAUGAGAUGAACCUCCUCUUAUUAUUUUUGUCAACCACAGAAAAAAAUUCUUGGAUAAAGUGUGCACUUGGAUAUUUAAUCAGACUAAAUACGGGAUAUUCUGCCCAAGAAAUGUUUAACAUUUCAAAUAUCUUGAUAUUGUUUUAUUCCAUUAUAUUUUGGGGCAGAAUAUCUCAUAUUCAGUCCGAAUAACCACACUUUAUCCAGGUGUUUUUUUCCCCUGUGGUAUUUAACUUCAUUUAGACUCAAGAGGUGUAAAAUGAUUAGACUCUCAUUUAGAAUGUGACGUGAACUGUGAUUAAAAGACAAGAAGACAAAUAUAAUUCUGUGUUCAUGCAUUCAAACCUGUUGAUUUCAGACAAAUGUUACCGGUAAUAAUAAU